AUGACGCGCCAACCUUCCGAUCAAUCUCUCGACGCUCCUGGCCAACCCGCCAACCCUUUGCCUAUCCCUACUACCCAAUUCGUUCCUCAAUCUACCCCUCCUCCCCAAAUGUCUGCUGUUCAACAAACAUCAUCCUCGGACCAUGUUUGUCGAUCCAUCAAUGUUGUGUCCUGCAGCCGUGGACAAGGCCCAGAAGAUGUUUUCGUACCACCUCCACGAUUGACGUACUUGGAUUUGUUGAUCAUGGAAAAUUCAGGAUUUCCGAGUAUGGCUGAAUUUGAGAUCUUUCUCCAGCUGUACCAGAAAUCAUAUUAUCACAUGGAACUAGCGGAACGCAAGAAGCUUUUCCAGCAAGUGGAGCUUCUUCGACAAAGUAUGCGCCAUCCGCAAUCGGUUCAAGCGCUUGUAGAAGCACAGCAGAGUAUUCAGGCCGGUCAACCGUUCCUCAGCCUCAAACAUUAUGCAAACUUCAGCCGAAAUGGAUCCAUGCUUACCUCCAUGAUCAGUCGCUGCCUCAAUCUUACCUCUUUAGCUCUCCAGCGAGCCGUUUUUAAAGCCGCAGCAGAAGUAAAUAAGAACACCGAUACGCCAAACAUAGCAACCAUUUCAGGCAAAAGCUGUGAAGACAUUUUGUCCCGUGGUGUAAAACACUGGACCGCUGAGGAUAUCUUGAAGCUCGAGACGAUCGUCUACAUCCGCCCCGCUGAGUACCACGUCAACAACCCUCCAUCUAAGGUAACUUCGCGUACUGAUUCCUCAUAUUUCUCGCAUGAACCGCCUCUUCAUUGCCCGGAUCCUCCAGAGUAUGGAAGUAUGAAGAUUGAGCCAAAUGGUUCCGCUGUGCUCUUGCAACAACCAUGGACAUACAGCCAGUGUUUGGACUACCUCGCUGGUCGGACAAUAAACUUCAUGAAUUCUCGUGAUCCAGAAGCUUUUUUCUUCAGCUUGCCUUCGGACGACAAGCUUCAAGGCAUGACGGCUGAUCAACGCGCAGAGUGUGUUCGCAAGCAUAUUAUAGAGCAAGAUGCGAAGCGGGGUCUAUCGAAAUCAGACAAAAAUUGGUAUCCUAUUCAUUCGAAAACCUUUAAGCGUCCCAUCGAAGGUACACAUGGUAGUUUGGCUCCGGAGCUUGAUACUACUGCAUCAAUCUCAAAAGGUGACCCUUACAUCCAGGGAACCCUUGAUAAUCAUCGAUACCCCGGAACCCAUGGUACAUGCAGUAGUGAAGGUGGACAUUUAUUUGGAUCACCAUCGAACUCUGGUGCAGAUUAUGAUAGUCGAACUAGACGUGGACGUCAGCCGCCAUCGAGCAUUGUGGCAGAUGACGGAUGUUGCGAUUCAGACCUGGGGGAUGACGAUGAUUCUGAUUGGGCUCCCACUCAAUCUGACAAUUGGAGUUCGCCAUCGAGAUCAACAAAGCGUGUAUCCUUCGCUGCAGCGGUGACAGACAUACCAGGAAAUCUUCGUGGACAGGGAAAUAGUAUCGUUCCAUCUGAUUCUUUCUCCUUUGCAGAGUCAGAGUCAGAGAAUGAUCAAGCGACCACUGUAGACAAUGGACCAUUGAGUGAAAACAUUCGCGAUCGUCAAGAUUGUCUUUGGACAACUUCUGCAGCUCAUGCUACUCCUGCGAUCGAGGUUGCACUGGCUUCGGGUGAUGAAAAUGACAAUAAUGUCCCAGUUGUCCCACCUCGUGCCUCUGGUUCAAAGAGAGGAAACAGAAAGCGUUCAUUGACUCGAGGUCGUCGAGUAGCUCAACCACGUGCUCAACGACGCGGUGGGGAUUUUGAUACCUUGCUUGAUACUUUGGAGAAACACCAUUCGCAACUGUCCUCACUCCCACAUUUAAACAACGAGAAGCUCAAUUUUGGGGAUGAGAAGCAUCAGACGGCUAGCAACAAGCCUCAAGGUAUCCAAGCCCAAGAGUUUUUGUUUCCUACUUGGGAAGGAGUUCCAGUGCAACGCGGCGUUUCAAAUGUUGGAUAUGCCCUUCAGGAAGAUUCGAUGCUAGCCAUGCAAGAAAUGUUACAGGAGCAGCAAAGAAAGAAGAGAAUCCAAUUACUGCAAGAACAGGCCGCUAUGCAAGCUAGUCUUGUCUCAAAAACUGGUCCAAAAGAUGAUCAUGACCUUGAAGCUUCAGCAUAUGAACCGGCAUUAUUAACAAUGGAACAGGAAAGCAAUAAACAAGUUGAAUCGAAAGACCAAGAACAGGUUAACAUGCCAGCUACUUAUCCCUCCUGUGGAGAUAGUGGUACCUACUGGGAGAAUGGUGGUCAAACAAAGCCUGUAGAAUCUUCUCUUGUUUCUCUCGGAAAUGACAAAACUAUCCUCAAUGGUCCCCCAAAAUUUUACGGUCUCACAUCGAAGGAAGCUCAGCAAGUCGAACUUGGUCGGCUUGGAAAGGUUAAGAACCGUUCUACGCUCCAAGAUCCCCAUGCCGGAAAGACUUCUACUUCUGCCAGGGCCCCCAAAGACCGUAAACAAGACAUGGCUACCAAGUUCGAUGACCUUAAGAAAUUUGCGGAUGAGUUCAAGAUGUCCACUCCAGUGCCAAGUGACAUUGCCUUUAUCAAUCACGGUCCUCUUCGUAUUGCGAUCAAGGAAGACAAUCUUCGUCGUGCUAAGGGUGCUCCAUUUGAUGAGUCGAAUUUGGAGGUUAUCUCGGUUGAAGAAGCUACUCGUCUUCUUGCUGCUCAGAAGUUAGCUAAAGAGAUCUCGACUGCUACAAAGUCUGCAACUGGUACCUCUCCUCCCAUUCCUGCAAGUCAUCAAUUGAAUGGUUUCGAUCUCGGCGUUACAGCUACAGCAUAUGAUCAGGACCGUUUCAUACGAGCUACCUAUAGCAGCGUCAAUAACUACAAGGCUAACCAUGAUAUUCACAGCUUCGAACAAGAUAACUCAAUGAAUGCUAAGUGUAGAAGGUGUUCUGAGAGAUCGAGAUUGAGAUUGAGAUUCAAUAAUUUAAGUGGCGAAUUGUUCUGA